UUUAAGCCAAUCACAUCAUUCGCACACUACCCUGCCCGUCCGACAGUCACAAACAUGGCGUUGCGGGAGCUAUCUUCGCUGGAGAAAUACCUUGGACAAAAAAAGGCGAAUAAGUACAGUACGCAGGGGGAUAAAAAGGUACCUGUGCUACAGAAUAAUAAUGGUCCUCCGCUGGUGGGGUUGGUGACCAUCGCCUGUCACCUGGCGAAAGAGGCCAAGCGCCCAGAGCUGCUGGGUGACACCGCAGAGAGCAGAGCGGUGGUGCAGCAGUGGCUCGAGUACAGAGUGACCAAACUCGACAGUUGCACAAAGGAAGACAUCAAGACCGUCCUAAAGGACCUCAAUCUCUACCUGCAAGACAAGGUCUAUCUGGCCGGAAACCAGUUCACCUUAGCUGAUGUUUUUAUGUACUAUGGAAUCCAUCCAGUCAUAGUUGACUUGGCCAUCCAGGACAGGGAGCAGUAUGUGAAUGUUACCCGCUGGUUCGACCACAUCCAGCGCUACCCUGGUGUCCGGCACCACCUCCCUCCAGUAGCUGUGCUCAGGAACAGAAUUUACACCAGCAGACACCACUGAGACCUGACCACCACCCUCCGCCUAUCCAGUCUCACUCAUCACUAUCCUGCCGCAGAUCUGGACAACUCGUGUGCUUACCAAGACUGCGUCACAUCACAAUCAUAACUUCCAUACUGUAACACUGAUAUUCUGCGUUUUAGAUUCUUAUUCUCGCCUAGAUGUUUUUGUUUUAGUCGCAAACCUGUACUCUUAUCUUUGGUUAUGUAGGAUAGGCAAAGAACACAGUUUUUCUAUGUUAGGUACUAUAAAGGGAAUAACUGCUACUACAAAUGUAAUUCAGUUCAAUCAUUCUUUCACACAAGGUCACUCCUUUAAUAAAUAUAUUGCCUGAUAGAGUAGCCUUUUUGUUUUAAUGAAGCGUUAGGAAGGAAGGAAGUGAAGGAAAGAAGGGUGUCUGUCACUGUAACCCUUUGGUGACUCAGUAAUGCUAACACUAUGAGAAGUCUGGCACCUUAAUGCUUACUCAGUGAUGAUGGGAGCGACGAUUUGAGGCCGUUUGUUUUGUUUUUGACUUUGGAAAGUCUUGUGUGGCUUUGUGGGUUGCAGUAAAAUGCUGCUAGCUUGGCUGAAAGGUGUUUCUAUUUAUGAAUGAUUAUUUGUUUAAUCUGAGCCUUGAACUCAAACAUGUGAUAAGUAUUACAGUUUCAAAGAAGGUUUAAGAUGUUACUUAACUGGAAGCACGUUAUGUCCUUGGGGAAACGCUGCUUCCUCCGUGCAGCCUCACAGUCGGUCCCAUUUCUAGGAUGUUCCAGGUUCCAUAUCGUGACCCCACAGACUUGUGGGUAUUGCCAUCGUCUCCUUGUAUCUGAUGCUAUUUUGUUAGGAUUUCAUUUUUCCGUGUGCAUUUAGUGGACGGUUUAGUUUCUGUGUGUGUGCUUGUGUGCGUUUUUUUGUUCUUUUCCUGAUUACAUCCCCGCUCCGUGUUCCACUUCCUCACCACCAGCUGUGUGGGCAGCAGUGAGCAGUUGAGCGUCAGCCCCAGAGUCAGAGAUCAGAGUGAGGCUCCAAUCAGUCCCACUACCACCACUGUUGAUGCUGCAGGCCAGAGAGAGGGCAGCGGGCUCACCAGCUGCCACACAGAUCCAGCCAGCCAAGGCCAGAACCCAGGCCCCUGGGCGACAGUCAGCCACUGUGUGUCAUUUCAACCCUCACGCUCCCAUGGGGCUACUGAAGAGAGAAGGACGAAGGGAGGCAGAGAGUGAGCGAGGGAGGAAAGGAGAGAGGGCCACGCAGAGAAGAAGAGCACCCAGAGGCAGAGGGAUCUUUUUGUGACAUGUGAACAAUAAUCAGUGCCUCCGAAAGCCUCACUGCUGCUGACUGGCUGUUUGCUAUUAGCACCAUUAACAGGCCAAAUCAUGGCAGUGUUGGUCUAACCUGUGUUUUAGCAUCAUGAAGCUGCGAUAAAAGCAGAAUGAGGUAGGGUUAGAGGAGUAACGCCAUAAAAUCAUCCUUUACUUAAACCUUACAGCUCUUACAUGGUGGGACUGACAACUUUAUGUAAUACUCUUCAUAGCUUUAUCGUUCUGUUUUUAGAUGUUGACAUUUCAGCCAUGUUUUUUUGUUGUUUUAAAUCCCCUUCCCGCCAGCAUGUCUUGCAUAUUGUUCAUUGCUUAAACCUCAGCGGUUUGUUAUCCGGUGUAAUCAUGACGCUCAUCCUGUGCCAAUAAAUCAAAGGGAUCCGCAGCUCAUGACCCCUGAUUUCUUA